AUGAGCCUGGAAGCCAUUCGCCCGAGGGGCAGGCCAGCUCAUACCCCGGGGACAACGGUAUUAACAUAUACACCCGACGGUCGACGAGUCAUAACUGGCGGUUCGAACUCUGCGAUUCGUAUCUACACUGUUGGACAGGAUGGAGAACCUACUACCAUCGAUGAGGGCGUCGAUGGACACCUGGGGAUUGGAGCUACCAACGAGUCAUUCAUCAUGGGCGCCGAGGACGGGACUGUCUGGAAAUACGACAUUGAGACGGGCCAAAUGGACAAGUUGCUUGUACGAUGCGCCCUUCCAGUCAGGGACAUAGCUAUUUCUAGAGAUGGGGAAUGGGCUGCUGUGGCGAGCGAUGAGCUCACCGUGAAAAUCGUCAAUAUCGAGGAUAUGACGAAAGUUAAAUAUCUUCGAGACCAGGCAAAGGGAGCCAAGCAUGUUAGUUUCGAUCCAAAUGGACGAUAUGUCGCUGUUUCGUCCACAGAUGGGCAUGUUUACAUCUAUUCAACUAUUUCAGAGGAGCCAGAACUGGUUCGAAAAAUCGACGGCGUUAUCCGAAGACUAGAACCCGAGGAUGAGGCCACAUCGAAAGUAGUCUGGCAUCCGGAUGGAACCGCGUUUGUGACCGCAGAGGCAACCAGAGAUAUUUGCAUGUUUUCGACUAUGGAAUGGAAGAAAGAGAAAGUAUUCUCAGGUGGCCAUAACGGAGAUGUGACGGCACUUGGCUGGUCCCCGAACGGAGCUCUUCUAGUGUCUGCUGGUGCUGAUGGCCAGAUCCUGCUCUGGGAGACUAAGAGCCAGAAAGUUCUGGAGCGCUAUGACUUUGCGAAUGUCAUCAAUGUCGCCUGGCAUCCUACUGAAAACUCCCUUUCGUUUACGACAUCGGAUGGAGAACUGUUCAUAUACGAUAAUUUCGUUCCAAGAGAUCAUCUUGCCCUCCUUCAAAAGACCUUACAGGCUGCUCCUAUCUUUUCUGGUCCAUUGACCGAAAUUUCAGACAAUGUCAGACCGCUGACAAGCAGGCCAAAGGAGCGAACAGAAAAUACAAGGAGAAGGGCGGGCAGCCUGGAUUCGCUGGACGACAUCCUCGGUUCAGAUGAUGGUAUGGAAGAUUUUGUCGAAGAUGACGAUGGCGCCGGUUACGCUGAAGCAAUCAAUGGGUACGGAAAACGUACAAAUGCUCAUUUGGAUGAUCUGGACGGCCAUCCUGUCAAGAGGCGGAUGGAUGGAUUUUGGCAGCCAGAAGUGCAUCCUCCUCUCCAGCCAGGCAGUACGCCCUGGAGGGGUAACAGACGAUACCUCUGCUUAAAUUUAACCGGCUGCGUGUGGACCGUUGACCAAGAGACUCAUAAUACAGUCACCGUGGAGUUUUAUGACCGCGAGCUACACCGGGACUUCCACUUUACGGAUCCGUAUAUGUAUGAUAAAGCCUGUUUAAAUGAGCACGGUACACUGUUCUCGAACAAUCCAAAGGAUGGUAGCCCUUCUACCAUAUUUUACCGUCCCCAUGAAACAUGGACGGCGCGAGCAGACUGGCGUACACAACUGCCGAAGGGAGAGUCUGUUAGAGCGAUGGCAUUAAGUAACUCGUACAUCGUUGUUGUAACGACGAAGUCCUACGUCCGUGUAUAUACGCUCUUUGGGACACCGUAUAAAGUAUAUAGACAGAAGAGCCCUGCCGUGACCUGCGCUGCCUGGAGGGACUACGUUAUAACUAUUGGAAAUGGACCGGUUGGGGCCGAUGGCCGAGCGACACUGCGGUAUACUGUUGAGAAUAUCAAGCGCGAUGAGGUCUUUCAAAAUGAAGAUGCGGUUGCACUCGUGGAGGGCACCGAAUUAGCUAGUGUCUUCUUCUCUGACACCGGGGAUCCAUGCAUAUUUGAUUCUGAUGGUGUCUUACUUGUUCUACAGCACUGGCGCCAGCAAGGCCAAGCUCGAUGGGUACCUCUGCUCGACACCAAACAGAUGGACCGACUGGCUGGUGGGCGUAAAGACGAGACUUACUGGCCGGUUGCGGUGGCCCAAGAAAAAUUCCACUGUAUUAUCCUUAAGGGAGGAGACAGAUAUCCAUACUUUCCACGGCCUCUGCUCAGUGAAUUCGACUUCAAGAUCCCCAUCUCAUCUGCACCACAGAGAGAAGCGAACGAAGAUCUGGAUGAUGCGGCUAUGCGUAACAAUGGUGAAAAGCUCGAGGAAGCCUUUGUUCGUCAGAAUAUUCUCCUGGCUCUCUUCCAGGAUCUCCUGUCGUCCACCAAUGCCACGACUAGUCAACGUGCGGAAUUGGCUAGGAAGGAACUGGAGAUUGAUAAGACCCUUCUACAGAUGCUGGCGGUGGAAUGCAGGGAAGGUGAGGAACGGGGCAUGAAAGCUUUGGAGUUGGUCCAGAUGAUGAGGGAUGCCAAUGGGAAGAUGCUUGAGGCUGCCGUCAAGGUCGCGCAGCGGUAUGGCCGAGGGAUUCUGGAAGACAAGAUCCGCGAUAUGGCUGAAAGACGGUUGAUCGGGGAGGAUGACGACGAUGAUGAAUUGGCAUGA